AGAUAUAAUCUAAGAAAGCGACAAGUAAUUAAAAAGAUACGUGUAACUUUACCAAAUCAGGCUAAAAGAAUAUAAACGUUUGAAGAAUAACUUAUGAAAAUUGGCUAAAUUAUUUAAUCAACCAAACUCCAAGUAGGCCUUCCAAAAUAUAAAAAGAAUGGCACCCUUAAUCCUUCAAAAAAGGAAGCUGGCAUCUUUAUAUGCUUUAAGGAUAAUCAAGCUAAUACACAUACUCAUCCAUAUAAAGAAGAAAAUGUACGACGAGAAGGAGACAGAAUUUCGCAGAGAAGUGUAUAUCAGCCCUUACCCUUACUAAUUUGCACCUUACAUCAAAUGAAGAGAUUCAACAGCUACAAAAACUAAUCUCAAAUAAUAAAGCUAUAACUAUAGAUGGUAUAUCAGACACUUUUAUUAGGAAAAAAAACUAAACAGUUAAAAAGCUCUUUGGAAUGAUAAUACUCGCUAAUUAAUAAAUAUAUUGGUCAAGCUUGUGUAGUCCCACUGAAUAAGGUAUAUCCAGAAAUCCUCUCAAAAUAGACCUAUCACAAUACUUAGCCCAUUAUUCAAAUUUUUAGAAUUAAGAUUUUAAGAAAAUUUAAGAUUUCGCGAGCCGCAUCUAAAAUAUGAACAAAAUGGCUUCAUACCUAAUAAAGGAACAUAAGUAAUUAUAGAGAAAUUGGUUGCCGUCUUAGGCAGUGUGAUUGGAGAGAAACUGUGUAAUUUUUAUAGAUUUUUCAAAUGUAUAUUGAACUAUUAUCAAAACCAAGUUAUUUUAGAUUAUGGAGGAAAAAUAAGUAUUACACUUGAACGAAUUAUGAUUCCUAAAUGUUUUUACUCAUUACUUCAUUAUUAAGACC